AUGGGGUCUCGAUCGAAGGAAGCGGAGGGUGAUGCCGGCGCGGCGGAGGGAGGGGCGGUGGAGCCACCGGGGAGAAGGUUUCGAUACAAUUCUCCCCUGGCCCAGGUCGUUCUGAUAGGGCUCGUCUGCUUCUGCUGCCCCGGCAUGUUCAACGCCCUCUCCGGGAUGGGCGGCGGAGGCCAGGUCGACCACGAUGCCGCCAACGACGCCAACACCGCGCUCUACACCACAUUUGCCGUCUUCGGCGUCCUCGGCGGCGGCGUAUACAACCUCUUCGGCCCCCGGCUCACCCUCUUCGCCGGCUGCUCCACCUACGUCCUCUACGCCGGCUCGUUCCUGUACUACAAUCACCGCCACGACCAGAACUUCGCCGUCGUCGCCGGGGCGGUGCUCGGCGUCGGCGCCGGCCUCCUCUGGGCGGGGCAGGGCGCCAUCAUGACCUCCUACCCGCCGCCCAGCCGCAAGGGCUCUUACAUCGCCGUCUUCUGGAGCAUCUUCAACAUGGGGGGGGUCAUCGGUGGUCUCAUCCCCUUCGUACUCAACUACCGUCGCACCGCCGCCGCCUCGGUCAACGACGGCACCUACAUCACCUUCAUGUGCUUCAUGUCCACGGGAGCCCUGCUCACCUUCGCCGUGCUACCCGCCAGCCGCGUCGUCCGCGACGACGGCAGCCGCGCCUCCGCCGUCCGGUACUCCAACGUGUCCACCGAGGCCGUGGAGAUCACCAAACUGUUCACCGACUGGCGAAUGCUGCUGAUCGCGCCGGCGGCUUGGGCCAGCAACUUCUUCUAUACCUACCAGUUCAACAACGUCAACGGGCUGCUAUUCAACCUGCGCACCUCCGGCCUGAACAACGUCUUCUACUGGGGGGCGCAGAUGGUGGGCUCUGCGGGCAUCGGCUGGGUGCUCGACUACGGCUGCCACAGCCGCCGCCACCGGGGCUUCCUGGGCAUCGCCGCGGUGGCGGCGCUGGGCACCGCCUCGUGGGGCGGCGGCCUCGCCAACCAGCUGAGGUAUCCCGACGGGAAGUGGGAACAGAAGCUCGACUUCAAGGACUCCGGCGAGGCCUACGCGGGGCCCUUCCUGCUCUACUUCAGCUACGGCCUCCUGGACGCCGCCUUCCAGAGCCUGGUCUACUGGCUCAUCGGUGCCCUGGCCGACGACUCCCGCGCGCUCAGCCGAUAUAGCGGCUUCUAUAAAGGGGUGCAGAGCGCCGGGGCGGCGGUCGCCUGGCAGGUCGACAAGCGCCGGACGCCGCUGCUCGCGCAGCUCGCCGUGAACUGGGCCCUCACCACCGUGAGCUUCCCGCUCAUGGCGCUCCUGGUGGCCCUCGCCGUAGAGGACGAAGUGGCCCCCCCGGACUCCGGCGACUCGGAGAGCGCCGCUCCACCCGUCGCCCAUCGAUCCGAGUCCCCUCCUCCCAAGCCGGCGCCCCGUUCGGCAGAUUAA